AGUGUGCGCACGCUUUUGUCCAUUCGAUCGUGAACAUGAACCCGCGCAAUUGUGUCCUCAUGUCUGUACUGGGGUACAGUAUAACAUUCACAAGUCUCCUCUACGUAGCCUGCAGUGCUGUGUCAGCAAAAACUAUAUUCUUGGAGGAAAAUGCACCCACUAUCGAAGAGGUAAACUUCAUGAAGAUGUACGGCUACCUGCCGGAAGUGUCUCUGUCAGAGAGCGAGACCUACACCGGCCAGUCCGUCGCCGACGCCGUGGCGAAGAUGCAGAGCUUCGCCGGCCUGCCACCCACGGGGUACCUUGACGAUGAAACUAGGAAACUUUUCAAAAGAAGACGUUGCGGCGUGAAAGAUAUUGAAACGAAGGCGGAAAUGCAUCGCCGAAAGCGAUACAUCCUGCAACAAGGAUGGGGCAAGAAAGCCAUUACAUACAGGGUAAUCAACGGGACUAGUACCCUGCCAAAGUCCCGCGUGGAAACCUUGAUGAACACGGGGUUGCAAGUGUGGGCGCCGCACGGUGGCCUCAGCUUCCGGCGCGUGGACCACGGCAAGGCGGACAUACAGGUGUCUUUCGCCAGCAAGGAUCACGGGGAUGGGUUUCCUUUUGACGGGCCAGGUCGCGUGGUGGCCCACGCGUUCCCGCCGCCGCACGGCGCCAUGCACUUCGACGACGACGAGCUGUGGGGCGACGCCGCGCCCGACGACGACGACGUCACGGACUUCUUCGCUGUCGCCGUGCAUGAGAUCGGCCACGCGCUUGGCCUGUCGCACUCCAACGUCAAGGCCUCCGUCAUGUACCCGUACUACCAGGUGCCUGUUGAGAAGCUUCAUGAAGACGAUAUAAUGGGCAUGCAGGAACUGUAUUUAAAAGAGGACGUGCACUCGCCUGCAGAGUUGGAGGCCCGAACAGAGAGCAUAGAGUCGGGCCGCUCGUCGCUCGCGCCGCGCUUCACCAAGGCGGAGAGUGAAGAAGACGACGAGAACGAUGUGCCCGACCUCUGCUAUACCAACUACGACACCAUCCAAGUCAUUCAAGGCAGGAUCUACGUCUUCGAAGAGGAGUGGGUGUGGGUGCUAAGCGAAAGGAAGCAGAUAGUGGAGGGCUACCCGAAGCGGUUCCACGACGUGUUCAUCGGCCUGCCGAAGCACAUCAACGUCAUCAGAACCAUCUACGAGAAGCAGAACGGACACAUCGUCGUAUUCUCAGGUCGAAGUUACUGGGAGUUCAGCGCCCGUUUCCGUCUGGUGAAGCGCGGGAGGAUCACCGAGUACAAGAUACCGCAAGUGCCUGAGCUGACUACCGUGUUCCUCUCCAACUACAACAACAAGACCUACCUCAUCGAGUACGAGCGGUACUGGCGGUUCGACGAAUCAACGCACACCAUGGACAGGGGCUACCCCAAGGAGAUGUCCGCGUGGAGGAAUGUGCCGUAUCCUGUGGACGCGGCCAUUGUAUGGAAAGAAGACACGUACUUCUUCCGCGGGCCGCGGUUCUGGCGGUUCGACAACGUGCAGAUCCGCGCGCACCAGUACUACCCGCUGCCCACCGCGCAGAUCUGGUUCCCGUGCCGCGCCACGCCCGACAUGAUGCAGUACACCACCAACGACGAGCCCUAGCCUGCGGUGUCGUAGCACCAACACUAAAGCUGAUAUCUAUAGAGCGUACUUGACUGAUGGGCUCAGACCAAGGUUGAAAUCUACUUAGGUAUAAAGUGCACUUUGACUCUGCUGACUUAAAUAUCAGUUAAAACGAGCCAGAUUUAUUUAUUUAUACCUACCAUACCAUAAACGCGGCCGCGACUUUGAAAUCAUAACGGAUAUAAAAACGGAUGGACGGAUGCGACUCGCUGUCUAACCUUUUAGUAAAAAAUAUUGUAAUGUCUAUCUUAGUCUGUAUUGUUUAUGUUACAAUAAAUUAGACCUAAGCGAUUUAAAAGA